UUCAAAGUAUAUGGUGAGAGCAGCAGUGACACAAUGAUCACCUGAAACUGAAGCUAACUGGAUACAUAAACAUUAGAUGUUAAACUAGCAAGAAAUGAGCACGCACACUGGCGUUAGGUGAGCACGUCACAAUGAUUGGCAUGUGGGACCACCAAGAUGAUCCGACCGGAACGUGAAGCCGAGAGAAGAUCGUCCACUAAAUCUUUAAGCUUCAGGUGGUUCUGACCCCACCACUGGACCGGCCCAGUCCACCUUCAGCCUGUCUGCAGAUCCUGGAUUGGACCAAUGACUGUGGUAUCGUCCACAGACUUCACAGGCACUUUUGUGGAGGUGGCUUCAUGCUCGCUGACUUUGUGGAAACUCGCUUUCGGCGCUCGGGUGGGAUGUGAGAUAGAGACGGCGUUUACAGUUUUGCUUGGACCCUCGAGAACAGCCAGCAGCCAGAGCUUCUUUGACCACAAAGAUGAACUCCACUGCGACCCAGCCCCAACCGUUCACCUCCAUGAACGCCACAAACUCCACAUCGAGCACCCAAGAGCGAUCCCCAGAUUUUCAAGUCACCCUCCUGGUCAUCUACUCAAUAGUUUUCCUGUGCGGCACCGUCAGCCUGAGCCUGAUGAUGCACAUCCUGAAGUCCAGCGCCGCCUCCGCCACCUCCAUUACCGUGUUCAAUUUAAUUUUUGCCCACUUCAUCUUCCUCCUGACCGUGCCCUUCAGGCUUUACUACUACGCCACCAGCAAGUGGACCCUGGGCCUCGAAUGGUGUAAGGUGGUGAGCAGCAUGAUCCACAUCCACAUGUACAUGUCCUUUCUGCUCUACAUGAUCAUCCUCAUCACCCGCCUGUGGCCGCACUACUGCAGAAUCAGGCAGGUGGAGGCCUUGGGCCGAAUGCACGCGCUCGUCGGCAGCGUAGCGAUGUGGGUGAUCGUGCUCAUCGUGACCCCCUGCGUCAUCUUUUUUCAUUACGGCAAAAGAACGCAGGACGACAAUUCCACGCAUUGCUUCAGAUUUGCAGAAAGCAUGACGUCUGCCAAAGUGCUGAACUACAUACUGAGCACGAUGGUGAUAGUGGUGGCGGUUUUGUUGACGGCCCUACAGGCCAACGUCCUGUGGGUUUUAUACAGCAAGGAUCGCCAGGGAUGCACCUUUCAGCAAGACUUCGGGGCCCAGAUGAAGAGCCUCUGCUUCACGCUGAUCAUGCUGGUCUGCUUCGUUCCCUACCACAUUUUCAGGCUCUACUACAUCGGGCACCCUCGUCUGGAAAAUGUCAACGAGGUCUUGCUGAGCCUGACCACGUUCAACUGUUUGGACAUGCUCACUUUCUUGGGGAAGAGAACGUUUUAUUUAUGCUUUAGAAGAAGGUCUGUGUGAACAAAGUCUCUGCGGUUAACUGUGGAUGCGCGUGCCGGAGACAAACUGAUACAAAGUCAACAUGUGUUGUUGCUAUUUAAUGUUUUUUUUUUUGUGGUCGUAUUUUUUUUUUUUCUUAUCAAAAAUAAUUUGUAAGAUUUAUUUAAUGCCAAAAUACGAUCCUCUGUCUUACAUUAAUGUGUCACAAAUCUUAUGCCAUGUGAUGAUGUCCUUUUUCUAAAUUAUUAUUUUAAUGUUGCUUGAUAGCUGUGGCAAAGGAAGGCUAUUCCCAGUUAGCUGUGUUUAUGAAAAAAAAGCAGAAAUGUAUGAACUUUGUUGGAAAAAAUUAAAUGCUGUCAAAAAACAAA